AUGGUGGGGAGAACCUACAACCGUAAGAAGACAAGAGCAGCGUCAAACAUGAACAUGGGGGAAGAACCUUCAGGGGGGCUUCCUCCCUCGACGGAGAUCGGACGAGAAAGGGGGAAUGAUGACCGGGAAGCCCUUGUGAUCAAUUUCUUCUACAACCCCGCCUUCCCCAUUGUCGCCGACCUAAAUGUCCCUCUUUACUUCUAUGUCCCGAGCGGUGCCUCUGUUGUCUCCGUCUUCCUUUACCUUCCAACGAUUCAUAACCAGACUGACAAGAGCCUCAGGGAGCUUGGCAACACUAAUCUAGACAUCCCGGGUUUGCCCCCAAUUCAUGCUGCACAGAUGCCUGACAUCUUAAUUGAUCGAAACAAUGAGAUCUACAAUGAGUUAUUGGAUAUGUCAUUCAAUUUCACCAAUUCAAGAGGCAUUAUAUCAAACACCUUUCAAGCACUAGAGCCAAGAGCAAUCGAGACCGUCGAAGAACAAACAAGCCGCGGAGUUUUCCCGGGGAAGCAGAUUGCAAAGAUCGCCGAGGGGCUUGAGAGGAGUGGUCAGAGGUUCUUUUGGGUGGUGCGAAGUCCUCCACCAAUGCAUGAUAGUGGAAAAUGGAUGUCGUUAUCGGCCACUGAUGAUUUUGAUCUUGACGCUGUGAUGCCGAAGGGAUUUCUUGAUCGGACCAGAGACAGGGGACUGGUGGGGAAGUCGUGGGCGCCGUAG